GUGCUUCCACAGUCACUUUGUGAUGUUUGGAUACAGAUGAUUGUUAUGUGAAAAAUUUGAGAUAAAGAUAAUGUAGGCCUAUUAAAGGCUCGUUGGAACAAAGUGCCUCUACCUACAUUAAAAAUAAUAAUAAUAACUUUAAAAAAAAAAAAAAAAGGAGCCUAUAGAGCACUGACCUUUAUCGCACCACUCACUCGACAUUUAAUUUCCAAACUGCCGCGAUAUGAACUCAACGUGUAAAAUGUUUGCAGUUACGUUUAUCUGUUUCAGAGGAAACUCAACCAGCUUUUUAGCGCCACUGAACAUUCCAAAUAUCAUUUUUGCAAAAAUGUCUCCACAUGCUAUUUUUUUUUUUUAACUGGGUUACUAAGGCUCAACUUAUUAACAGAUAAGAUGGGUCAGGUAAAUGUCAAUUUGUCAAAAGUGGACUUUACCUGAGUCUCCGUAGCCUACUUUUUAUUCAUUGCUGUCUGUGCGUUUUAUUGCAUUAAAUGCAUGUCAGUUAACUGUCGGAAUCGCCGCAAAACCCGUUAAAACUCCCUCGCUUUUAGAAUGUUCAAAUUUACAAAUUUGAAAUAUCUAACUUUUUCCGAAAACUCACCUGUCAGAACACGAAUUGCUGACAAAUAAAAUGUUGUCAAACUGGCAGUUAGGGGCACAGUUACAGGAGAUCAGAUCACAUGUUAAUACGGUGCGAGUACGACAGUGAUGAACAGUGCCCUGCUGAAAAUAAAUAAAUUAAAUAAAUAAAUAAAUAAUAGAAAUCAUCACCGAUUUUGUGAUGUUUUUACUGGUUUUAAUGGAAACUGUAAUGGUACCUGUGGGUCUCUACUGGUAAUUGGUCGCCUUUUAUUGUUACAACGCAAAACCUCUAAAUCCUAAUGGUAGGAUAUGUCCCAAAACACACUAAAGGAACGCAUUAUUUAUUGGUUUUAAUUAAAGUUGGUUUGCAAUGUUUUUAAUGGUAUUUGAAGUGUAAUUACUGUGAUUUUUAUGCAGGGUGGACACUUAUGCCACACCUUUAAAGUGAAUAGCAAAGUCAUUGCAUUAAAUUUCAAAGCAAGUUUUGUUUGAAAGAGAGACUCACAAGCACACUUUGAAGUAAAACGUUUAAUUAAAAAACAGAUUUUAAAUGAUGAAAUAAAAAUUGUGGUGUUCAAAAUGGGGGAAAAAAGUAUUGCAUUGGUGCGAAUAGCCUCGUGCUAUCGAAGAGCCAACUGCGCUCACGGCCACCCGAGUUCGAUUCCCAUCUUGAGGUCCUUUGCUGAUCCUGCUCCCUCUUUCCUUCCAGUUCUUUCCUGUCAUCUGUCUCUACUAUCCUAUCUAUAAUAAAUGCAUAAAAAGCCCAUAAAAAUACCUAAAAAAAAUAAAUAAAUAAUAAUAAUAAUAAAUUUGCAACCCUUGUUUGUGAAGUGUUAGGUAAUCAAGUUUAUACUUAUGUCCACUAAAAAACACAUUUUUCCAAGUUAUCUGUAAAAGAACAAGUGCUGCUGAGGACAUACCAGAAUGCCCAACCAAUCACUGCUUUGAUUCCUACAUUUAUUGAAGAGAUCCAAGUGUGGCUAAAUCUACCUGUUGGCAUUCCUGCUCACCUGACUUGAACCUCAAGCAGUACGCAACCCGCUUGAUUCAAACAUAUUUUUGAGCCAGUCAUAUGAUAGCCUAUAGCCUAUAAAAGCCAUGUCACUCAUGGCUGAGAACAAUUAUUGAUCCCAUUACAAAAAUAUGCACAGCCCAAACCCUUUAUUAUAGUGACUUUUCUGAUUUGAGACAAAGGCAGCAAUUGCUGAUAAUGGAAAAAGGACUGUCACCCCCUCCAUAUCCUGGACAACCAAUGGUCCAUACCAACAUUUCCUACCAGGCACCGCAGGUUGCCUAUCAAACCCAGCCAGUGGCCACUGUAUACAGCCAACCGACUGCACAGACAGUCAUGGCGUCCAGUGUAACCCAAACAGUCCAAUCAGCUGGCAUGGCUCCAAUGGCUACAGUUUACCCAGCACCAGUUGUACAAGGGCCGGUCAUGUCUUCAACCACCGUAACUCGGACAGUCCAGUCUACAUCUAUGCCUGGUAUUGCUCCAAUGGCAGUUUACUACCCACAGCCAACUGUCAUGCUGCCCACUUGUCAUGUCCCAGUGGUAUUUGUGCCACCACGUCUGACUGAUUUCCCGGGGCGGAUAACAUGUCCUCACUGCCUGCUGGAGGACGUUACAGAGACAACAUAUGCCACCGGCCUGAUGGUGUGGGCCAUCUGUGGAGGUCUUGGCAUUUUAGGGAUCUGGCCAUGUUGUCUGAUUCCGUUCUGUGUGGACGGCUGCAAGGAUGUAGAGCAUCGCUGCCCAAGCUGCAAAACCCUCAUCUAUGUGCACAAACGCAUGUAGCUUGUUCUGAAGCGAAGAAUAUCUGGAAAAGCCAAAAGAAACCUUUACCACCAGCUUAUUCUGGACAUUAUUGGACUUCCUAAUUCCCAAAAAAAAAAAAACAUGACAAGACUCAUAUGGGUUUCUCUUUCCAUACGUGUAUACAUUGCUAUAUAUAUUUAUACUGCAUAUGAUUUAUAUCUUUUUUUAUUGUGAAAUUUAUAAUCAACUCUGCAUGAUGUAUUGAUCAUGCAAUGUAAUGUAAUCAAGCAGAAUAUACAUUUAACAUCUUGUUGCCAAAUGUCUUGUUGCUAAACUGUCCUUCAUCUAAAGGUCUGCAAGGCCUUAUCAAAAAACAAGAUUUGUUGUAUUAAAUUAUAUUUAUCUGAUAUAUAGCAUGAUAUUUCAGAUAAUGUAUACAAUACCAUAGACAACAAAAAAGGAUUCAACUGACUGCAACUAUUGUCAGUAAAGACAAUUAACAUUUAUGCCUUUGUAUGUUCCUGUUCACUGCAUUCUCGUAAUAACUAAGGUGCGAAGUCAAGGAAAAUAAACUCAAUGCUUUGAUUGUAACAGGACUAGCCAAA